UACUGUUGUCGAUAAUAUGAGUAGUGCAUGUGCAGUGGGCGUGGUUUAAACUGAAGUGGCGUCACACUUUACGAACCGGAUAGUAAUGAAGAAAAACCGCAGGCGUAUGUGCAACAUAGAAUAAACGAGUAGUUCAGAGAUACGCAACACUAGUAAACAGGAUAAAAUUAUGACAAAAAUGAGACAAACAAUAUGACGCAUUCUCGGCCAACUGACAGCUAGCUAGGAAGAAUCUAUUGGGGGGAUUACAAUCCGUCAGGCAAAUAAAAUUAUACACAUAUUAAUUGUGGUCGGGCCUUGCAUCACAAUGCUGCAUUCUUCCACCGGUGCUUUCACAGCCACCUAACCAUGAGAGUCCUAUUUUUUCCUUGAACAAAAUUUUAAAAGGAAAAUGCACACGGCACGCACAGGAAAGUGAUAGUGCCGUGUGCACGCGGACGUUGCACACGGAAAACUAAUAUGGAACGCCAGUUACCUACAAAACUGUUCUCUCAAAGGAUUGAACGUACUGCAGAUUGUGAACCCAUCUAAGUGGAGCAUAGUAAACAUAAUUAACAACCAAGUAAACAACUUUGGCACUUUGGAAAAUCUUUUUGAUGUAUUUUUUUUUACAUUCAACUUUUCUACUUUUUCUCCACGUUUUCCAUGUUCUUGACAAGACUAUCGAUUUAUUGGGCAUAAUUGACCCGUGGGUUUGACAUCCUCAUCCCGUUUUUAUUAUUUAUUUAUGGAAAAUAAAGGGGGUAGAAAUCGAUCGUGGAAAGCCACCUAGGUAUACCACAAAGAUAACCCUGUGUCAGAAAGUGGAAAAAAUGAAGUUGUAAUGCAAGUGUAAUUUGAAGUACACUGAAUGGAUUUUACGAAGAAUAGGCUUUCCAUAGACACGCUCCAGUGAUCCCAGAUCAUCAGGUGCGGACGGACCGGACUGGGUCGUAUCCGGCCGAGAUCUGAAACGGUACCGAUAAGCUUGGCACAGUCAGUCCACUUUCAACGUCAAGUGCGGCUGGCGAACACGAAAGUCUUCAAACGUUUCGACAUGGCGGGCAUUGACAAGCUCAACUGGUUCUGUGGAGACGACAACACCGAAAACCUGAUUAAUUUCACCUUUGACCUGAACCACACCCUGUACAAUGCCUGCUUCGUGGACCUUGCCUACACGUUGCCACACCUGGCAUUCCUUGUCUUGGGUGUCCUGGUUCUGUUCGUCCUCGGAUGUUGCACUCAGAUCCGGAGGAGGAAGUACACCUACCUGAUUCCCUAUCCUGGACACUACCUGCGCUGGGUGCUCUACAUCUUGUUUGUACUGCUGGUGAUCUCUGAGCUUGGCGAGGGAAUCCUGACGGAUCUGGGCGUGUACGGUGAUCUGCCCACCAGACCCCACCUGUACGUGCCGGGUGCCCUGUCUUUGGUGGCAGCCCUGGUGUCAGUGGUCUACUACAACCAGAUGGAGGUGUGGAACAGGCCGGGCAUGGCCUGGCUCCUACUGAUCUACUGGCUGGCAGCACUGGCCGGGGAGGUGGCUAGGUUCCUCAAUCUGGACCAUGACCCCAACGUGGAUUUCUCGCUGAUGCGGCUUGACUUGAAUAUAGCUGCCCUAGUUACCUAUGCCCUCCUUCUUUUGUUUGAGCUUCACGUCAUCAGAACUAAGGUUUUGAAAUGGUGCACCACGGAAGAGCGAUUCCCAGAGGACCUGCUGCGGCCGGACAUGCACUACAUGCAAGAGUACUGCAACUUCCUCUCCUGUUUCAUGUACUCGUGGAUAGGCUGGCUGUACGUUGUAGGCUACAACCACAGUUUGGAGUAUGAGGAUGUGGGCAGUCUAUCUGAAGUCCACACCACCAAGUACCAGAGUGAUUGCCUCAAUCGGGCCUUGAAGAAGGAGCAGGAAAGGGCACGGGCAAAGGGCACAUCUCUGAGCAUGUUUCGGGUCUACGCGCGGGCUUAUGGCUGGGAUAUGUUUCUUGCAUUCCUGACCCGGGCGCUUGGGGACACCUGUGCCUUUGUACCACCAUUUGCCGUCGCUGGUGUCGUCAGCUACGUCAUGUCACCUGAGGAAGCACAGGAGAGUACUAGCAAGUACAUAUCGGCAGCAGACUUCAUCAGCAAUGGCUUUGUCUUGGUAGUUAUCCUGUUCCUCGCCACAGCCACAAGAGGAGUAGCCUUGCAAGGUCACUACCAGAUAGUCAUCCUGGCAUCGGCGCAUGUACAGAUUGCCUUGCAGGCGAUGGUCUACGACAAGUCACUGCGUCUUGCCUCCUACACGCUGACUGGAGGGUCGAUGACCGUGGGCCAGAUCACCAACCACAUGUCCGUGGAUGCUCUCAACGUCCUGGAGGCAUUUCAGAUCCUGUUUUACCUCUUCAGUGUUCCAUAUCUGUGCAUUGGCUACUUGAUCAUCUUGUACUACCAGCUGGGUGUGGCUGCUCUGAUUGGCUUCUUCAUUGUGGCAACCAUUUUCCCGCUGUCCUCCUUCAUAGCCAAGAAGACGGGACGUUUCCAGAAAAGUGCUUUGGAAAAAGGUGACGAGCGUCUGAAGCGAACCAACGAGUUGCUGCAGGGGAUCAAGCUGAUCAAGCUGUACGGCUGGGAGGACAUGUUCUACACGGCCAUCAGCAAAGUCCGAGCCCUGGAGAUCAGUUCCUUGCUCAAGCAGACUGCGGCAAAAGUCUUCAUGUUAACACUGUCCAACUCCUGCCCACUGCUCGUCACUUUGGUGUCUUACAGCUUGUACACCACGCUAACAGGCAAGCAUCUCACCCCGGCAGUAGCCUUCGGUUCUCUGGCGGCCUUCAACCAGCUGUUUUUCCCCCUCAUGGUCCUACCGUACACCCUGAUCACGACGGCCAACGCCGUGGUCAGCACGGGCCGCUUGAAGGCCUUCCUGGCCGCGCCGGAGAUUGAGGAGCAUUGGGAACCCAAACCCAAGGUGCAAAAAGAGGUGGUAAUAAGGGAUUUCCAAAAUGACCACAAGCCAGAGGACCGACAGUGGCUCCUAGACGGACAGAACCACGAGCAGGACUUUGGUACCUUCUCCCCCAAUGCAUCUUUGUCCACCGGUCUCACAUACGUACCUGACGACAUGGCCUGUCGGAUUGACGGCAGUUUUACCUGGGAUGAAGGCUAUUUCAUGCCUACCCUCAACAACAUUGAACUGGACAUUCCCAUGGGCAAGCUGACCAUGAUCAUAGGCCAGGUCGGGGCGGGUAAGUCGUCCCUGCUCUCAGCCCUCCUCGGCGAGAUGAUCACGGUCUCCGGGGGAGUCCAGUGGAACCGGAAUUGCCGCUGUGUUGCAUACGGGGCACAAAAACCGUGGCUGUUGAACGCAACACUCAAAGACAAUGUACUCUUUGGUAACAGUUAUGACAAGAAAAGGUACAAGAAGGUGAUAUCGGCCUGCUCCCUUCAGCCGGACAUCGACAUCCUGCCCGCCGGAGAUCAGACGGAGAUCGGAGAGAAGGGAAUCAAUCUGAGUGGAGGGCAGAAGCAACGAGUCAGCGUAGCCAGGGCUAUGUACAGUGAAAACAACAUCGUGAUUCUGGAUGAUCCUCUCUCUGCCCUCGACGCGCAUGUGGGCAGUCGCCUCUUCAAGAAAGGGAUCGAAGGGUUCCUGAUGAAAAAGAGCAAGCGUACGGUCAUCCUGGUCACUCACCAGAUUAAGUAUGCUGAAAGAGCCGAUCUGAUUGUGUACAUGAAGGACGGCCGGAUCGAGAACCUCGGCAACCUGGAGGAGAUACGGGAGGAGAACCCGGAGCUGGUGGCCACUUGGACCCAGGAGGGCUCUGGCGAGACCGGCCAGCCAGUGCAGUCGGACUCGGAGACCUCCGGCAACGAGUCAGCCAGCACGGUUGAUGAGGAGAGAGCUAAGCUCAUGCGUCAGGUCUCCGCCUUGAAACAGGUGGACAGGGGCGAGUCAAAGAACGCAGUGCAGGGGCGUCUUGUCCAGGAUGAGGAGCGAGUGAAAGGCGCGGUGUCUUGGCGGGUGUACCUCACUUAUGUCAAGGCCAUCGGCCUAGUGGCUUUCUCGUUUCUCCUCUUCUUUGCCGUCUUCCAGCAAGCGCUCUUCAUUGGGACCAACUUCUGGCUGGCCAACUGGUCGGAGGCUGGCCGAAACAUCUCCAGCAAAACCUCUGAGCAGCAAGAUCGGAUCUUGCAUUACUAUCUCAGUGGCUACGCUGGUUUGUCGGUCAGCAGUGUGGUUGCUGGAGCGGCCACCAUCACCAUCGUCUUCACGUUUACUCUCUUGGCCGGCCGUAGACUUCACAACCAGAUGCUGGAGAAUAUCAUGCAUGCACCAAUGAGGUUUUUUGACACCACCCCAAUUGGACGUAUUAUGAACCGAUUCUCGUCGGACAUCAAAACCAUUGAUCAGAUUCUCGGCAACACCUUCAACAGUUUCCAGAAGUACUGGCUGACCUGCAUUGGGGCCAUUGUCGUGAACAUUGCCGUUACCUGGUACUUUGCUGUGGCGCUGAUCCCCUUUGUCAUUUUGUACUUGCUGAUCAUGAAGUUUUUCAUCCGGACAUCCAGGGAGCUGCAGCGUUUGUAUAAUAUCAGCAAAUCUCCUGUUUUUGCUCAUUUCUCGGAGACCUUAGGAGGGCUGUCCACUAUCAGGGCUUACAGGCAGCAGGAGCAGUUCCGCGAGGGUCUCAUCAACAAGAUGGAAACAAAUAACACCAUGUUCAUAUAUGUGAACACCAGUAACAGGUGGCUGGGUGCCAGACUGGAAGUGAUUGGAGGCAUCAUUGUGCUCAUUGCCGGCUUAUCAACAGUCAUAUCUGCAAUGGACGGCCUACUGCUACCAAGCCUAGUGGGACUUGCACUUGCAUAUGCUCUCAAUGCAUCCAAUCAAUUGAACUGGAUGAUCAGGUCCUCAGCCAACAUGGAGAUGCAGCUGAAUUCCAUAGAGAGAGUGGACUAUUACAAGAAUGUAGAGACGGAAAAAUACAAAGGUGCAGCCACAGCUCCACGAGGUUGGCCCAAUCGAGGCUUGAUACUGUUUGAGGGCGUGUCGGCCCGUUACGCUACCGAGCUGGAUCCAGUCCUGCAUGACGUCAACAUUCACUUCCUACCGGGAGAAAAGAUUGGAAUCUGUGGUCGGACUGGCAGCGGCAAAUCUUCCCUCAUGCUGACCCUCUUCAGACUCAUACAGACCUUCCAAGGGCGCAUUUUUGUGGAUGGCGUUAAUAUUGCUAGUCUUCCCCUUCUUCAGUUGAGGAGUCGUCUGGCCAUCAUUCCACAGGACCCUGUGCUCUUCACUGGAACCAUCAGAUUCAACCUUGAUGCCAGGAAUGAGCAUGACGACAAAGCAUUGUGGGAGGCCUUGGAAAUCGCACAGCUGAAGGAUGUAGUGAUGGAACUGGACCUUAAACUGAAUGCUACGGUGACGGAGGGAGGUGAGAAUUUCAGCGUGGGUCAGCGUCAGCUGUUCUGUUUAGCUCGUGCCUUCUUGAGGAAGACUCGCAUCCUGGUCAUGGAUGAGGCCACCGCCUCCAUCGACUUGGAAACGGAUAAAAUUCUGCAGCGUGUUGUGGCCACAGCUUUUCAAGACCGCACUGUUCUGACCAUAGCCCAUCGUGUGCAAUCUAUCCUGGACUCGGACCGCAUUCUGGUUCUAAGCGAGGGCAAAGUUGCCGAGUUUGACACGCCGGAAAAUCUUCUGGCAAAGGAGGACAGCAUCUUUUCCUCGUUGGUAAAAGCCGGCAUAUAAGGAGACAAAUGAUAUUCGUCUCGUGACUGCAGUCUCAUGACUGGUCAUGGGACUGGUCUUGUGACUAGUCUUGGGAUGAUCUUGUGACUAGUCCUGUAACUGUUUAGCCUAUCUGACUUGAAAACUGACCAGUCUUAUGACUGGUUUCCUGACUGAUCUCCUGACUGGUCUUGGGACUAGUCUUACGAACUAGUACUGUGACUGGACUGUGACUGGUCUUGGGAUGGUCUCAAAUGCAACACUACCCAAGUCAGUCACAAGUCGUCCUGUCGCAAGUCAAAGCUGUUGAAACAAACUGAAACAAAGGGCAUCCCUUUGUCGUUGUACUUCAUUGUUUAGCCUAUCUGACUUGUAAACUGACUUUGUGAUUUUCUUGUGAGUGAUACAGUUGCAACACUGUAACACUUUAUUUCUCUUCUAAAGUCCCAAAGGAUUCUUUGUAGUCAUCAGGGAUAUUUCUAACACAUUGAAAAUUCUAAUUUGACGACAAGAUUUAAUUCUUUAAAUGCUGGAGAUCUAGUAAAAUUGUUACAUGACAGGCUGUCACGUGCUGUAAUUGAAAUCACACGCUGGAAAAUAUUUCCACGUGAUCGUACAGCCAAGUGGCUAUAUAGCACACCUGCAUGAAUUUUAAGCACUGUACUCUCUGACGACUCUUGACACUUAACUGCAUUGAGUACCUGAAAAGGAUUUGGCAUAAACAAACCUUAACAAGUGCUGUUAUAACAGUACACAAGAUUUGACGUUUUAAUGUCUCACUUUGAUGGACAACUGCCAUUAGCACCUGGUGCCUUAAACCUAUUUAUCUGCAGAGACAAUAGUUGAGAUGUUCAACUCCAUUCUAAGAAAGUUGAGUCAAAAAUGUUUCAUUUGGACAAUAUGCCAGGACAGAAUUACCUUUUAGGUUUUUGGGCUUUAUAUUAAUUAUUUAGGUAGUUUGCAGACUAUUGCAUAUGUUAUAGUGUACAAAUACUGACUGUCUGAAGUGGUGUAGCAAAACUAACCUCCCGGGGCGAUUCAUGAAGCAUUCUUAAUUAUUUCUUCAAAGUGAAACCAGUGGACAAAGUGGAGUCUUCCAUUGAUCACAGAGGGAGGCUAGGUUAACUCCAAAUGAGAUUAACCAAUAUUUGCUUUAUACCACCCAGUGGCAUAACUAUGGGGGGCACAUGCCCCAGCAAAUGCCUGUGUCCCCCCGGUGCCCCCCCCCCGUUUGAAAUCCAGGCAGCUGUAGGCCGCUGCAGCUCAUUGUCUUUUGGUGCCCCCCUGAAAAAAAAGUGUGCCCCCGGACAUAAUAGCCCCAGUUACGCCAUUGAUACCGCCUCUCCUACAGAUUCUGCUCGAUUUAAGUGAUAACUGAUUGUUUCGAUCAAACUACAACUAAAAACCGUUUUUAUUUAACAUUUGAUGUUUAGAGUAUAUUUUCAGACUGGUAUUAUAUUUUAAAAAUCUUGGCAAAGAUUAGAAAAACUAAUUUUCAUAGGUACGAUACGAUAGGUACGAUAGAUAAUUUUGUUUGGAGUCUCGGAUACAUGUACAUACUUUUUUUACAUUUUUUCCCAUACUUUUUUAGAUUAGUUAAGUUGACUUUUGGUCGUUAUAAAUGGACCUACUAACCAAGCUGUAGAAAGAAACUUUAACAGUUGCAUUCGUGGCAACACCUUUCGGGAAAAACAGGAAACAGAAGGUAUUUUGCUCGUCAAUAAAAACCAGGAAAUAUCACAAUCUA